AUCAACACCAUCAAGGACAACAGCAAAAAAAAAAAUAAUAAUAAUAAUAAAAAAAAUCAGUUCAGAGAGUUUUUGUGUUGUUUGCUAAUAUUAAAAAGAAUCAUGUAAAAAAAAAAAGUUAUCAAUUCAUGUUUGAUUACUAAGAAUAUCUUUGAAAAAGAAAAAAUUUUAUAAUAGCUCCAAACUUAGUUACUAAUGUCCGUACGAAGAUCAGUAAAACGAUGGAGGGGAAGUUACCGUAAAUCCACCAUUAAUUCCCAAACAUUAUUACGUUCAACACUGUCAGCACUUAAGGUAAUGUCUUUGGGUUCUGAUACUUUGCCACAAAUCAGGUGCAACGAAGAAUGUAAUCAUUCUUUUAUAAUUCUCCAUUACUCUGGAUGCAAAGCAAUUUGGGAUUGGUUUAUUUUACUAUUGGUUAUGUACACAGCAAUAGUGACUCCUUAUGUGGUGACGUUUCUAUCAACCUCAGAAUCUUGUAUCCCUCCCAAUAAAUCGUUAAAAAUUAUCGAUGUAGUAGUUGACGUCAUGUUUGUUGCUGAUAUUGCAAUAAAUUUUCGAACUACUUUUGUGGAUUCAAAUGACGAGGUUGUCACCAAUUCAUGCCGAAUAGCGGUCAAUUAUUUAAAAGGCUGGUUUAUUUUGGACUUUUUGGCAGCAUUUCCAUUUCAAUACCUAUGCAUUCUUUCAAAAAUCAAUCAGAUUACUCUGAUAAACUUGGUUAAAUCGGCACGUUUACUCCGUUUGGCUAAAGUCGCGCGCAAGAUUGACAUGUAUUCUGAAUAUAAUAUAGCAUUGCUAUUACUUCUUGUAUUUGGUUUUGCUUUAGUGGCUCACUGGUUAGCAUGUAUAUGGUACGCUAUAGGAGUUCAUGAAUAUCGUGCCAAAAAUAGUCUUAGCUGGUUAACAAAGCUCAGUAAUGACUUGAAAUCAAUUAAUGAAACAGAAAUGAAUCCGGAUUUGAAAACUAAAUAUUUAACGGCGUUGUAUUUUACACUAAGUAGUAUGACUAGUGUCGGAUUUGGAAACGUCUCUGCAAAUACAAAUGGGGAAAAAAUAUUUGCCAUACUUAUAAUGCUUGUUGGAGCUUUAAUGUAUGCUGUUAUAUUCGGUAAUGUCACCGCAGUUAUUCAGAGACUGUAUUCAGGUAUUGCUCAUUAUCAAUCAACUAUGCGUAAGGUUCGACAGUUCAUUCGAUUUUAUCAAAUUCCCUCCCCUUUACGUCAACGAUUAGAAGAUUAUUCCCAAUACAAUUAUUCAUACACUAACGGCAUUGAUAUGAACGAGGUAUUAGGGCAUUUUCCAGAGGGCCUUCAAGCAGAUAUAUGUCUACACUUAAACAGAAACUUGUUUUCGCGAAGUUCAGGUUUUCGCGAUUUAUCGCCUGGUUGUUUGCGGUCAUUAUCUCUUAAAUUAAAAACGACCAGAUACACGCCGGGUAACUAUAUAAUCCAUUACGGAGAUGAAAUAGUAAACUUAAUGUGGGUUGAACGAGGUACUUUGGAAGUUAUCAAAGGAGAUAAAGUUUUAUCUGUUUUAGGAAAAUGUGAUUCAUUCGGAGAAAAUUUUGGUAAAGUCCAUAAUCGUCUUGUUGGUAAAUCGUGUGCUAGUGUGCGUGCACUAUCAUACUGUGACAUCCAAUACAUGCCACGUGAUGAUUUGUUAUCAAUUAUGCGUGCUUAUCCCGAAUUUCAUAAAAAGUUUAACAUGAACUUUCAAGUUACGUUUAAUUUAAGAGAUCUAGAACUUGAAGAGAAAGAUCUCAGUAGCUCGUUGUGCAAUCUUAAUCAACAGCGUAAAAAUGUUCUAGAAAAAUUAAAAAAGAAAAAUUGUUUACUCGAUAAAAAAGAGGAAAACAUCCUCAAUGAUGAUUCUGUUCAUAGCCGUAAAUUUAUUGCUUCAAAUCUGGCGUCUGCUUUGAAUCUUUUUCCUGGUCAUUCUAUUUAUGUAACGGAUUAUUCAAACAAUCAAAACAAACAAAAUGACUGCCUACAGGAAGACUUGAAUCAAUCUAUAUGCGAAAUAAGGACAGAAAUAGAUCAUAUUAGAAAAUCCGUGGAAAAUUUUGAUAAAAUAAGAGAGGAUGUAAAUUCAAUAUUAAAACUUUUAAAGUUUGAAACUGAAAAAAAUCAAUUAUACGGAACAUAAGAUAACAAUAUCAUAAAAGCUUUAUUUAACUAUUUUACACAUGUAUUUUGCUGUUCAUUUAAUAACAUUUAACUUCCAGUAAAUAGAUUAAAAAUACAAUCUUACAUCAAUAAUAUAUACUGGUUAAUAUCAAGGUGCGUAUUUACAGACUGCUAAUUGUGUAUUUUACAGACUGCUAAUUGUGUAUUUUACAGACUGCUAAUUGUGUAUUUUUGGUAAUUUUCAGGUCCCAUGUAUAUAACUGCAUUUUCGUAUAAAAUUUUUUUUAACUGAGUAUGUAAUAUAUUGAAAUAUGUAAAUAUGAAUUAUGUAAAUAA